GUGGUUUGAACAAUUUCAUGUUUGCUGUGGAUGGCUUUAAAGUGAUUGCUUCUGUGAUGUUUCAUUUGGGAAUGCUGACAAAGGCGCAUUAGUCCUCUAGUCUUGAAUUGUCUUUCUUACUGUGAUAGUUUCAAGAGUCCUUUCACAGGGUUUUUAUUGUUAGUGAUGGCUUCUCAGUCACAGAAUAAUAAUUUGCCCAAAUCCAUUCUGUUUCUAUAUGCCAAUCAUGUCUUUAAGCUACUUUGUCUUUCAGGCAACAACCACAAAUUUUCUGCUUUACUGUGAACUCAAGUUGAAUGCGGUGUUGGUAUUCCUGUGCAGCAAGUUCAUUAAAACUAUCUCUCUUAAGAUUUGGAGUUGAAUAGAUUUGCCUCACACUAUCCCAUUAGUCUUCUGUUCUGUUCUAGUUAGAUACAAAGGACAGUGUUUAGAAAGAAACUGACAGUAAGUGCAAGUUCUAAGCAGAUCUGAUUGCGCAGCAGCUAAAGGAAACAGGCAGCGACCAGCUUUCCUAAUAGCUGGUAUGUUUUUGUGUUCAAAAGCAACGUUGCAUUUUUCAAUUUUUUCUUAGCUGAAGCUCUAGAAUCUCAUUCUGUUCACAUGCCCUUGAUUUACGUAUUCACUGUGAAAAUGCACGUGGCUGAGAUGAGAAUCAAGUUGAUCACUUACUGCAGUGGUAAUGCUGAGUUGUGCUGUGUACAGAACUGUAUUUCUGGUCAGCAGAACUUGAAACACAUGGGAUUUAAAGGGAAAUAGAGGCGGGUUUUAAAUCUAUAAUUUCAGAUCUAGAUUCAUCUAAAAAAAUACAUGUUGCUGUGAUAGUUGUUUUGAUGUAGUUCCGAUUAUUUCACCAAUAAUUUCUCCCCCAUGCAGAGAUGCUGUUCCAGAACAAAGGAAACAGUGGAAAGGACUGUUGCAAAACAGCUGUGCUGAAAGAGCUGCACUGGUGUCGGCUUCUUUGUGAAGACAGCCUGUACAAACUGACUGUGUCACCUUAAAAUCACCAGAAAGUGCUGCUUUUCAGCAAUCUAAGUGUUUCUGGGCUGGCAUCAAAAAUCAGUGCAGUCGUCUGAGUUUCAGAUUAUUUUUUUAACAAUUGAAUGGAGAUGAGUUUCAUCAAGACAGCCAUUAACUUGAUGACAUACCAUAGCUCACUUCAUACAACCCAUGCUCAUAAUCUUCCUCAAGCAAAUGUGUGAUAAAGAAAUGAAGGAGUAGUGCUUGGUAUCAGUGUAACCUAUGUAUGAGCAUAGCCUCUUAGGCUUGGGCAGCAUUACUCAGUUUGGAUGGAAAAGACUAUCGACAGCGUUAGGAAGUGAGAAAUCUCAUCUUUACAAAAUGCUCCCGAAUGUAAGAUUGUGGAAGUGGUAAAUUUUGAAGUGCUUCAACUGUUGGAAGGCAGCCCUUCAUGACUUAACGGAAGGGAGGCCCGUCUGCUUGUGAGGAAAGGCAACUGGUGGAAACUCUGAGAAGAUUUGUGAUUUCAAAAGGCAUAACUGGGCUCUGAAGCAGAGACAACUACAACUGCAGCGUCAAAAAGAGCAUCGAGAAACACGGGGCUAUACUUGCAUUUCAUGUCAUCGUCACUUCAUGAGGGAAGAGGAAGUUGGGCUGCAGCUCUGAUGUGCUUUCAUUUGUUGUUUAGUUCAUCUUCAGCAAAGACACCCUGAUGUGAGUGCUGUAAUAACUGCGUGAUGGUAGUCUCUUCACUGGAACUCCUUUUAGCAACGUGUGUUGGCUGCUUAGUAGCUGCAGAUCCCAGUAAUGUAAUGGUCACCCAAACACCAACGGAAAUGCACCUGUCUAUUGGACACUCCACUGAAAUAGCCUGUAUUUGGGAAAAGUCAGUUAAGAGAUACAGAAUCAGCUGGUAUCUUGUUAAUAAGGAGAACAUCACCAGAACUGUAUCAUCAAAUCUUGUCUAUGUACGCAACGUCACCCAUCAAAUCAAGGAUGUCCUAGUGAUUGAAGCUGCCAGUGCAAAUGACACUGGGUUUUACUACUGUGAGAUAAUUAUUGAAAUACCUUUCUGUAAAAAAGUGUAUGGAAAUGGAACAAUGCUGGUCGUUGAAGAGCGAGAAGCUCAGUCAUUGGAUAAGAAAACGUCAGUAGUUUGGCUCAUCGUUCCCAUCAUUCCUUUCUUAGCUGCAAUGGGGAGCUUAUACUUCUGCUACAAAAAGAAACAGAAGUCGACAUUUUCUGGUUCUGCCCAGCUUCCUGCACCACAAGAAGGGCAUCAGGAGGAGCAGACACUUGAGGUGGCAGACAUUUAUAGAAGAACUGAAUCCACCAGAGAAGAAGCUGGAUGGGCUGUGUCUACGCUUUAUAACUCACUCGAUUCUUUUUACGAUGCAUCAAACUAAAAGAUGACAAACCCACUGUCACUACUGGACCCAGUGCAGCAGAUGAGCAAAUCCCACGAACUGGGGCAGCUGCAACGUCUAGAACUGGGGUGUGGUGAGGAGCUUCCAUCCACUUUGACAUUCAGAACUAAAGGAUCAUGUAAUAACUAUAAUAUUGUUAGCAAGUUAUGGAACUGAAAACAGUAUGUAAUGUGCUGCUGGAAUAUAGAUUACAUGCAUUUCCUGCGACAAGUGUGUCAGAAGAAAGGUUGGUUCAACACCAUUUCCUGAAUGUUUUCUGACUGACUUUAUUGUAAGGAGUCUAUGAAUUUUCAGAGCAAUUUUUAGAAAACUGUCUUCAACUCAACCGUUUUGAGUUGGACCAAAUGAUCCUUUCCAACUCGGGAUAUUCUAUGAUUCUAACUCUUCCUCCAUAUUCAGAGUAUGGAAAUAAUAUAGGAUGCAUUAUAUUUUGAAAAAUCUUCUGUACUGAACAACUUCCUCUGAACAGCAAAUGCAUUUCUUCAGGUAGCCCCUCUGUAAAUCAGUCUUUCAUCCUGAGAGAGCUGGGGUUGUUCAACCUGGAUAAGGGAAGGCUUCAGGGAGACCCGAGAGUGUUCCUGUGGAAAGGGACAAGACGUGAAUUCGCAGAGCCAAGGAAAGUCUUUCAGAGAAUGCAGUCUCCUGUGUCAAAAGAAAUACUUGGUUUAAAUGAAGUUGUAUGUAAUAUAAUUAGGUGUAUUUAUUGCCUAGUGUCUGCUAUGCUGGACACAGAGCAGCUUUCCAAAGCCCUUCCAGGCAAUUGGCGCCAUCUCAACUGCUGGCUGCUGGCUGCUCAGCAUCCUGAGUGAACUCCUUGCUUUACAGCGUGCCUUGUGCUCUGGCUCUGUUCAUGCUGUGGUGGCUGCAGCUCAUGGAUUGCCCUCCCAGAGUGCUGCAGUACACUGUGGAUGUGUGUCCUGCAGGAGAGAAAUUAUUUCUUACGCUGCAAUUUAUGUAGAGGAUUUUCUUUUCCUCCUUUUGAACUUCAGUCACUUUAAAAUCUUGGUCUUUUUUGUCCUGAAAGUCAUGAUUACAGAUGCUUCCUCUGCUGCGUGGUGAGCGCUGCGCUGUGCCAUGUUCCUUUGAGGCUCACAGACAUGACUGUCCUUGAUUUCUGCAAACACUGCAGCUUUUUUUCUCUAUACCACAGAGUCAGAGGCAGUAACAGGAGUGAUGACCUUCAGAACAGGUCAAGGAAACUCUCAGUUAUGUAUCACAGAUGUAACUGGGUGUGGUAAAUGCUGGCCAUUUUAUCUGUUACUGGUUACUUCUAUAUGUAAGAUCUGUGGAGAGAUGUGUACAAUAUUCAGAUGAUAAGUAAAACCACUAAAUAAAGAUUGCCACCUGGCCACAGUUUAAUAGUCUGUAAAUCAUAUUUUCAUUACAGCACCAGUAACAAAUCCUUGAUUAAAUGUGGUUUCUAGUAGCAGAGCUCCACAUUACUGACAGCUGCUCGUAUUUUGAAUGCUGACAUUGUUGUGUCCAACAUCUGGCAAUGGGGAGAUCGACCCCCACUUCAUCGUGUCUUGUUCUUGUCUGACAGAGCCGUGAGCUGCAGCUGAGCUCCCCUCCCUGUUUCUAUCCCACUGAUGGCACUGGCUUGGAGUUGUUGCACUUCAGCCUGUUUCCUUUCACUUGGGACUGCAGACCUCAGCUUGCUCUCUUCCUUGCUUCAUUGCACAAAGGUCCUGUGGGGCUCAGCUCCAUUCAGCUACCUGGCAUUUGGGCAGUUACUCUUGGCAGUUUGGCUGCUGGGUGCUUUGGUCUGGCUCAAACCUUACUAACGUGCCGUGGAAUCUAUGGAAGAGGAGACUGGAGGUGCACCCCUGGCUCUGUAGCAUCAGGCAUCCCUGGCAGCAGACAGGAGGAGAAGGAGCCCCCAACCCUCUGGCCAAAUAGUCAUGUUCCUGUGUGUGAUGCUGUGACUCAUAUUUUUGUGCCUCAUAAUGGCACUUUCUGAACAGCAGUGACAUUAGCUUAGUUAAACUAAAACUCAUCCGCAAUCUGAUUUUAUCUAAAGUGGUUUCUCUGUACUGCUGACAUCAAGAACUGCUGGCGUUCACAAAAACAACACCUACGGCCCAGGCUUUAACUGAUUUCAGGCUGCUUCCUGCGUUAGUUGAGAAUGCUGUCGGUGUGGAAGCACAGCUCCAUGGGGCAGGCAGCUGUGUGGUUGGAUCCAGUCCGUACAGAGGGCAGAUCUAUGCAGGCAGGAUGUGUUCGGAUGGCAGUACUUGGCUAACUCGAGCGCUGGCUGUGAGACAGAAGCUGAAAUCAGUGCUUGACCUGAGAUAAGGUGUUUUGCCUGCUCCUCCAUUGAAGACUACCAUCUUCAAGUAGAUCUUCUAUUUAAGGGAAACACUGUUCUCUGAAGAACCACCUGAGGGGGAGCUGGCGUAUAUGAUGUGGGGCCCAUGUUUCCAUUCACCUAAGACAGACGUUGUGUUGCUUUUAUUCUAGCUCACAAACUGGGCUUUCCUACCUCGUUGCAGUUUUGUGCACUGCAUCAAUUUCAGUCAGACUCCAAACUGAUGCAUGUUGCCACAUCCUUUAUAAACAACUGCAGAAACAAAGCGGAAUAAAUAUAUGAUGAUCAGAAUUGAUUUUUGCCGCCAUACUUGUCUUGGGUAGGUACAGCAAAGGCUGGUUUGGUGGUGGCUUUAUUUUUUUUAAUAUGUCAUCCCAUAUCACUCCUGUGAACAGGAAACUGCAAAUCCAACUGGAAAAUGGAUGUAGAGAUCAAAAGAACGUUCACUGAUUUCUCUGAAUAUGAGAAAGGGUGGAUGAUAACGUGUGGGCUGCAACGCUGUAUGAAGGCAGAGCUGCCCUCACAUAAGUCGUCUGAGAUCUUUGUGUCAGUGAAAUGCCCGGUGCUCUGUUACCUGCUCGUGUUUGCCUUGUCCCAAACCUAAAUACCUGCACUCCUGCUUAGCAGGAUGGCAGCCUCUGGUUAGGGCUGUGAAAGCAAAUCCGAAUGUAAGCAAUAGGUUUUGCUCCCUUGUUACAGCUUUUAAUUCUGGAAAGAGAGUGAAAGGUAAACAUCACCAGUGAAUGCAGCAGAAGAGGUCAGUUGGUAAAGUGACAGCCUCCACAAAGAUACCACUAGUCUGAUGGAGUUGGCUCAGAGUAACCCUCCUUUCUCAUGUUAGCAGCUCUACAAUGUUAAAUUUAGUUUUUCCUUGUAAGUUUCUUUUUAAAAUGCAAACUUUACAUAAAUAGUCUGGCCCUAAACUGGGCUCUAUCGAGCAAGAAAGGAAAUGGAAAAAGCAGCUGACAUGUUGUUCGGGCUCUGAGCGAGGAGGCUGACAGCCUCUAGGCAGAAAGAGCAAGAGCUGUUUUUUCACCCUUCCUGUCUGCAAUGCUGUGACAGAGCUAUGGGGCUGCUAAGCAUCCUGUAUUAUUUCUGCUCUGAACCCACAUACAUAACAUUCUACAAGGGAACAAGUAUGCUGAGCAUGUUGGCAUUCCACUUCGGUCAUUUGCUGGGGGUCAGCCUCAUGACCACUGCUUGAAAUGAUCCCUUUGGGAGUUUUUUUGUUGUUCUUUCUGACCGUAGCACAGGACUUUCCCCCAUGCUGACCACAGCUCAGCAGGAUGUGCCUGCAGAAUUACAGAAGCAUGAAGGUAGUGCAAAUGACAACAGGACUGCCUGUGUGAGAGUGACCAAGCUGUCAUGGUUGUUGGAAAACAACAGUGAAAAACUUCUGCCUAUCAUUACAAUAAAAAAAAAAACAAAAGAGCCUUGGAAGCCUUAAUAUCAUGAAACUUCAGCACAGAAGUAUAUAAAUCCCAUGCAGGGUAGCAUGAAGGAAAUGAUUCAAUCAGAGGCUGAAAACUAGACAGAAGUAUUUACACUGUAAAUAUUGAUUUACUGUUAGUUGGCUUUGGUAUGCAUGACUUUACCUGUCUUUAAAAUAUAUGUACAUAGUAUGUGAGCUCAUUAAUCAAUUUUAAGGGUAUUUUGAGAAAUAAAUGAUAAAAUGAUGA